GGCCCAAUGGCUUUUCCAUACUCCUUUGGUCCAAUCAGCUUCCCGUUCUACCAGACGUUGUGGGGGCGACCAAUCAGAUUGCCAGGCUCGCCUGUCUGCGAAUAACUUCUACCCAAACCGGCCAGGAUUUUGUGUCCAUGUAUGUUUUAUUAUAAACUUUACCGAUAAAAAAUGUGACACAGCAAACUAAUAGAAAUGCGCCGUGUUGUGUAUAUGUGAGUAUAGUAUACACAAAUCGAAACAUUGCAUCCGCAUAUUUGCCAGAAAGGGUGUUUCGCUGGAUGUAGGCUAUACACUGCUGGCGGCCAGAUGUCGAAUUAUCCGGCGUUUCCUACAUUUUACCGGGAUGGUCAUUUUUACAGGCUUGAAAUUCCAUUGUAAAAUAGCAGUUUGGAAGAGACAAGGGACCAAAGCAUUUUCAGAAGAACCGAGUCACAGAAACAUGUUGCGUAAAUUGCUUUCGUUAUUUGUGUUGUGCUGUCUGGGGCUGUUGGAACAUACACCUCCCGUGGCUUCAACCGGCGCGGUGCCCAGUGCUACAAGAACUUUGGUAUGGGGUUCUGGACUCGAAGCAAAUAUUGUCCUUCCAGCUCGUUUCUUUUACAUACAGACUGUGGACAGCUCGGGGAGAAAUUUCACAUCAUCUCCCGGGGAGAACACAUUCGAGGUGAAGAUCGUGUCCCCAGUGGAACAGUUCACUAGAAUCUGGGUGCAGGUUCUAGAUCGCAGAGAUGGUUCCUUUCUGGUGCGGUACAGGAUGUAUGCCAGCUACACAGACCUACACGUCCACAUACUGCUCAACGACAAGCAUGUUGCGAAGUCCCCAUUCAUUCUGAAAGGUCCAGUGUACCAUGAUGGUUGUGACUGUCCUCAGCCCAGUGGUUCUGUGUGGAAGAAGGACAUGCAGUGCCCUGUGUCCUUCCCUCAGAUAGAGCAGGACCUGGCCCUGUUCCCCAGGGUGGACCCAGACCGCAACGCCCUGGAGGUGCCCCAGCGUUUCGGACAGAGACAGAGCCUCUGCCACUACACAAUCAAAGACAACAAGGUCUACAUUAAGACACUAGGGGAGCAUGUGGGAUUCAGGAUCUUCAUGGAUGCCUUCCUCCUCUCGCUAACCAGGAAGGUGCGGGUCCCAGAUCUAGAGUUCUUUGUGAACCUGGGGGACUGGCCCCUGGAGAAGAGGAGGCCCUCAGAGAGGCUCCACCCCAUCUUCUCCUGGUGCGGCUCCAAUGACACCCGCGACGUUGUUAUGCCAACCUACGACCUCACCGAGUCGGUCCUGGAGACCAUGGGAAGAGUGAGUCUGGACAUGAUGUCGGUCCAGGCCAAUACGGGGCCUCCGUGGCGGGAGAAGAACGCCACAGCGUUCUGGAGGGGGCGGGACAGUCGCAAGGAGCGCCUGGAGCUGGUGAAGCUGGCCAGGGCUCAUCCCGACAUGGUGGAUGCAGCCUUUACCAACUUCUUCUUCUUCAAACACGAUGAGAGCCUCUACGGACCGCUGGUCAAACACGUCUCCUUCUUUGACUUCUUCAAGUACAAGUACCAGAUCAACAUAGAUGGCACUGUGGCAGCCUACAGACUGCCCUACCUGCUGGCUGGGGACAGUGUGGUGCUGAAGCAGGACUCUGGUUACUAUGAACACUUCUACAGCCAGCUCAGACCCUGGGAACACUACAUCCCCAUCAGAGCAGACCUGGCUGACCUGCAGGAGAAGAUCCAUUGGGCCCGUGAGCAAGAUGAGGAGGCAAGAAAAAUCGCAGUAGCCGGUCAACAAUUUGCCCGAAAUCAUCUAAUGGGCGACAGUAUAUUCUGCUACUACUACAAACUCUUCCAGGAGUAUGCCAAGUUGCAGGUGACUGAGCCUAAGGUCAGAGAGGGCAUGGAACAGGUCGAGCAGCCCAAUGAUGACCUCUUCCCAUGCUCCUGCCACCGGACACCACAGGUCAAGGAUGAAUUAUGAUUUGUCCACUGUUCAAUUAUAAAACAAUCGCAUUUUUAUCGGAUGUUCCUGUGCUGUAAAAUGUUUGUUUUUUUUUGGGGGGGGGGGCAAAAUGUGAAUUGUGGGCUUGUCAGUCACCCUAACCAUACAUGAUUGUUAGUUUCCACAUGUUUAUAAUAAAUAUUUUUUCAUUGUAUGCA